UGAGCUCGAAAACAAGCAUGAUCAACGUCAAAACAAAAAGAUAACAUUAUUUGGCUUCCUUUUCCGGAAAUUAUUCCUUCCUGACGCUUUAUUGUUUUUCUUGUUACAAACUCUGAAACUCUAGGGCCCCAUGCCGAGAGGGCCUGAGUUCUAGCGAUAGGAAAGCAAUAUGGCGGAUGACGCAGCCGAGACGGCAAAUGCAGAAAAACCGACUUGCACUUUCUUCAAGAAGUCCAAUCGAAGUAAAAAUGUCCGCAAAAGAAAAGCUGAAAGCUCGGGGAGUGAGGACGAAGGUCAGACGGUGGUUAUUCGAAAAGAGAAAAAGACAGGCUUCAACCCUAUGAUACAAAAAACUGAAGGGUUCGCGAAGGAAAAAGGCCAAGACGAAGAAGAGAAAAUACACGUGGACUUCAAGUCCACUCGAUCAGCCAUGAGCGCUGGACCGACAGAUGCAGGUGCUACUGCGACUUAUGAGCUCGAUACGGAUUUUGAUCGGGACGCGCAAGCAUUAUACGAGAAGAAAUUACAAGUGAAUAAAGAAUUGAUGGAGAAAGAAGUAGAUGAGAAAGUUUACAAGGGUUUGAAUAAUUACAUGCAGUUCUAUGAAAAGCGAGACACAGCGCAAGGAAAUGCUGCCAGUGGCAUGGUUAGGCAAGGACCCAUAAGAGCCCCCAAGAACUUGCGUGCUACGAUCCGCUGGGACUACCAGCCAGACAUCUGUAAAGACUAUAAGGAAACUGGUUUUUGUGGUUUUGGGGACAGCUGUAAGUUUUUGCAUGAUCGCAGUGACUAUAAGCAUGGAUGGCAGCUUGAACGUGAAUGGGAGCAUGGCAAACCAGACAGUGCAGAUCCCCACCAGUACGAAAUAGACAGUGACAAUGAAGACAAUUUGCCUUUUGCAUGCAUAAUGUGCAGAAAAACCUUUAAGAACCCUGUAGUGACUAAGUGUUUACAUUACUUCUGUGAGGCUUGUGCUUUGCAACAUUACAAGAAGAACUCCAAGUGCUUUGUGUGUGGUGUGCAGACAUAUGGGGUUUUUAACCCAGCCAAGGAUAUCAUCAAGAAAAUGAAGGAAAAUAAUGUGGAAGAGGGAGUUGAGACAAGUCAUGCUGAAAGUGGCGAGGACAAUGAAUAGUGAUUGGGAAAAAUCACCUUAGAUAAUACAUAAACAAAUAUUAACUUGAAGCCAAGUUGACUAUUGUGUGUUCUCAUCAAAUAACUCCCAUAAAAUGUUCCAGGAGUGGAUAUGAGUACCAAACAAAUGAAUGAUUUAUUUGUCAUUUUAUACAAAACAAAGAGACAUGACUUUUCCUUAAUUUUUGAUUAAAGGAGGCUAAAUUUCCACCCAGUCCACCCUCCCCCUGUAUCCACCCUGUGCAGUAUGGGGCCCAGUAUCCUGCCAGCUCCAGUUUGAAUAAUAUCCUGCUUUAUAUUUCUUCUAUAAUCAUCAAUACCUCUUAAAAACCUAAAAGAUUGUGUUUUAUUUCAUCUUUUAUUUUGUAAAGCAAAUUUAUUUGCAUACUGUGGCACAGUGUGACAUAUUCAAUAAAACCACUUUCAGUUA